CCCGCAGAUACGCUCCAGAAGAAGGAGUUCUUCAGUCCUUGACUUUGAGGCUGAACGGGAACAAGGUGUGGGUAACGCAGCUGCAGCCCCACUUCUUCAACCACGAUCAUCAGGCUGGAGCACGGAAACUAAAGCAAGUCACCUCUUUGAAAUCUUCUUCCCAGACAACCCAGAGGAGGAGUUGAAGUACGUAAAAACCCAAAUGUCUAAGAGUCAGGUCAAACAGUACGUAGACAACAUAGCUUCGCAGGAUGUGCCAGAGCUCGCGGACUGCACUGUACAAGUAGACGAACAAAUUCUGAGCGUUAGGGUUGAGAUCAUGAAGCUAGUGGUUGGACGGUUCAAAGCGAUAAGAAAAAGAGCUAAGAAAGAGCUAGCUCAACAUCUUCAGCGGAAGCCGGACUCUACAGGUUCUAGUAGUGGACGUGGUGACGCCAUAGCAGAAGAAGUUGCUGAUGCCGAUAGCGAUUUGCUUGCUCAAGAGCAGGAGGAACGGCAGACCAUCAUGGAGAAGCUGGAAUCUGUUGAACAACAUCUAACACAAGCAAAUGAUCGACUGAGGCAAACCUAUGCACGUGCGAAGAAGUGUAACGAGCAGGCUUUUGGUCGAGGAGAGCAAAGUAAGAAGACAGCGAAGAGCAACAGCAAGCGCUAGUCUUCAUCUCCUUCGUCGAAUCUUAGUGAUCAAAACCACACCAAUAAGGUGGCAGGAGCUGGAAACUCAGCUCCUGCAGCAGAGGAGCCUAGUAAGAGUAGCUCCAAGUCCCGCGGUGUUCUGGAGAAGAUGACGAGUCCGAUUUUUGGUGACGCGGAACAGAAUGGCAGACCUCCAUCUUCUGCAACUAAAUCAAACAACAUGAAGAAAAUUGAAAAACGACCGUACUCCAAGCAGGCGAAGAGGGCUUCCUCAGCCUCGUCAUCUUCUUCAUCUUCAUCGAUACAUGAUCGAGGCCCAGCAUCGAAAAGGCAUAAGAAGAACUAGUGGAGGAUGACAAAAAAGAUAGUGUAUGACGAUGUGGCGGAGAAGGACCACUCCAUGGAGCAGAUGGUAAACACACUGCGGAUGCAGCAGUUGGGGAAGUUUAGAUAUAUUUAGGCUCAUGCUUUAUCUAUAGGCACAUACAGAAUUGCGGGCGCCUCUACACCAAGAAACUAGAUGCGCCAUGAUUUAGAUACAGUUACGAUUGAAGAGGUACGUAGUUUUUAUGCACUCUGUCAUGCUGCACUCGACCCAUACAUAACAAAAAGGAUCGUACUUUCGCGCGCCUUGUCCUUGAUAUAAUGAUAAAACACACUCAGAAAGUAUCGUAAUCCUGACUAGCGUGGCAAAAAUCAAGAAUGAACCCAGUGCGUGUAGUUCCUUUUCUUAGAUGCAGUAAGCAAAAAAUAUUCUGUCUUGGUAUUAGAGAUAUUACGGCUCGAGUCAAUCAGGCGAUGUUGCUCAUUAUAUGGAGUUUAGAAUUGUACUUGUAAGAUGUUAGUUUUUCAUGCGGUGCCUGCAUAGACUAACGCUUGUUGACCUUACCGCAUCGAAUUUUCUCCGAGAUUUGUAAGGUUUUGAAAAUGUACUUCGAGGUAGGGACAGAUAGAAGAUGACGCAACUAAGCAGAAUAGUGCUGUCUUCAUGCUUGAUUGCCUUAUAAAAAAUAGCGACGAUUAUCUAUAUCUUGGUUAUUUGAAUAGAAGGACGAAUGAAUCUCAUCGCGGUGUGCAUUGCCGUAACAAGUUUCGAAAUUAUUGGUAUUGUCAUGUUGUUCAUUUUGAUGCACUACUUGUUUGACUUUGAUCUUGAUGCGAGUAGAUAAAUAGUAGCUAUUCUACCACAGUUCGUUGGUCGACAAAAUUGUAAGCGUUGUGAGUG